AUUUUAAAAGCAAACUUCAGUUUGAAGACCCAGCCGAAGAAGAAGAGUUAUAUCUUGACAAGCGAAAGAUCGUGAACAUUGCAAAUAUUACUAGCACUUCCGGAGAUCGGAAAGACUUUACUCCUCUCAACGAACUGAUCAACCUAAAAUUACUUUCCUUAAAUUGUACCCAACUUCAUUCCCUAGAUGGCUUUCCACCGUUGCAAAAGCUUAAAAGGCUCGCUCUAUCCGAUAAUAAGAUAGUCGGUGGUCUAGAAACAUUGGCAAAUGCCAAGCUUGAAAAUUUGAACCACCUUGAUCUGAGCAACAAUAGAAUAGCCGAAAUAUCAGCACUUAAACCUCUGGUAAAAAAAACAAUUUUUCGUGUGGUUAUUGAAUUUCGUAAAACGAGUGCUCUGCCAAAUCUUAAACAUCUAACCUUGGUUGAAUGUCCUGUCACACAAAUUCCCAACUACCGGGAAGCAGUAUUCGAGGUCAUACCACACUUGUAUUCUCUUGACGAGCUCACCUAUUUAGAUGAUUCAGAGGAAGAAGAGAAUCAGGAAGUUGAAGUCAGCGAAGAGGAAGUCGGAUCUGGUUCUGAAACAAAUGAAGAAGCUGGUGACGACUCAAAUGGAGAGCAAGAAACCAAUGCCAAUGAAGAAAUAUCUGAUAGCGAAGAAGAACAACAACUGGAAACAAGUGAAGUCGAAGAAGAACCUGAAGUUGAGAAAGUAUUUUCAAAAGAUAAGGGGAAAUCUGUAGCGUUUCGUGAAGAGGAGGAAGAUAACGAGAAUAAUUCUGAUA